AUGGCUCAAUACGAUUUCAAGAAGAUCACUGUCGUCCCGAGUGGGAACGACUUGAUCGACAUCGUUCUCUCUCGCACUCAGCGCCAGACCCCUACGGUGAUCCACAAGGGGAAUGCAAUUUCGCGCGUGCGCCAGUUCUACAUGCGGAAGGUGAAGUUCACCGAAAAUAACUUCACUGAUAAGCUCUCGAAAACCAUUGAGGAUUUCCCUAGGGUGGAAGAUAUCCAUCCUUUCUACGGCGACCUCCUUCACGUCCUCUACAACAAGGAUCACUACAAACUCGCACUUGGGCAGCUCAACACAGUGAGAAAUCUCAUCAAGAGGAUACGCGAAGACUAUGUGAAGCUCUUGAAAUAUGGCGACUCCCUCUACCGGUGCAAGUCAUUGAAGCGUGCAGCACUUGGCCGAAUGUGUACUGUGACCAAGCGCAUUGGGCCGAGCUUGGCUUACCUCGAACAUGUCAGGCAGCACAUGGCGAGGCUUCCCUCGAUCAACACGGGCGCUCCAACGAUCUUGAUUUGUGGGUGCCCCAAUGUUGGGAAGAGCUCUUUCUUGAACAAGAUCACCAGGGCUGAUGUGGAGGUCCAGCCAUAUGCUUUCACCACGAAAUCGCUCUUUGUGGGGCAUACGGACUACAAGUACCUGAGGUAUCAGGUGAUCGAUACACCGGGGCUCUUGGACAGGCCUCUUGAGGAUAGGAACAUCAUCGAGAUGUGCAGCGUUACAGCUCUCGUGAAUCUCCAUGCUGCUAUCUUGUUCUUCCUGGACCUAUCGGGCUCGUGUGGCUACAGCAUCUCUCAACAAGCAGCAUUAUUCCACAGCAUCAAGAUGAUGUUCAGGAACAACCCUGUGCUCAUUGUCUGCAACAAAACAGAUUUGCAGACCCUGGAAGGACUGAGUGGAGAAGACCUGAAGCUGGUCAUGGAGAUGAAAUCCGCAGCACUGAAGACUCUCCCUGGUCAAGGAGGUGAAGCUGCUAAUGACCAGGAUGUGCUCCUGACCAUGAGCACGAUAACCGACGAAGGCGUGAUGGCAGUAAAGAAUGCAGCUUGCCAGAGGUUGCUGGAUCAGCGAUCGGAGCGUAAGAUGAAAUCCAAGAAGAUGCCUAACGUGUUGAAUCGCUUCCAUGUAGCAAUGCCAAAGCCGCGUGACCAAAAGGAGAGGCCAGUCUGCAUACCCCAAGCAGUUUUGGAAGCCAGAGCAGAAGAGGCAGCACACGAGGAGAGAAAAACCGAGAAGGAUAUCGAAAAUGAGAAUGGUGGUGCUGGUGUGUACUCUGCCAGCUUGAGGAAGCACUACAUUCUAGCGGAUGACGAUUGGAAGCUGGACAUAUUGCCCGAAUUCCUCGAUGGCCAUAAUGUGUAUGAUUUCAUUGAUCCGGAUAUCUUGCAAAGGGUUGAGGAGCUGGAACGUGAAGAAACAGCAGUAGAGGAAGAUGGUGGUGACUUUGAGAUGGAGGAUGAAGAUUUUACUGCCGAGGCUGAAAAAGACCUGCAAGAAAUCAGGAAGAGGAAGAAGCUGUUGAUCCAAAAGCAUAGGAUCAAGAAGAGCACUGCAGAAAGUCGGCCAACUGUGCCUAGGAAAUUUGACAAGGACAGGAAGUUCACUACUGAGAGAAUGGGAAGGCAGCUGUCAAGCUUGGGGAUCGAUCCUUCUCGUGCUAUCGAACGUGCUAGGAGCAGGUCUGUCUCCAGGAAAGGAAGGAAGAGAGAGAGGUCUGUUGGUGGGGAUGGUGAGGAUGAAAUGGAGAUCGAUGGUGGUUUGGAUAACAAGAAGAAGCUGAGGCUGAGAUCGAGGUCGAUGUUGAGGUCAAGAUCAGUGUUGUCUCAGCGGCCUCUUGGGGAGGUUGUACCUGGAGAAGGGUUCAAGGACUCUGCUCAGAAGAUGAAAGCUGUUACAAUGGCCAGGAAUGCUACCAAGAAGAGGAACAAGGAUGCUCGGCGUGGUGAGGCAGAUAGAGUUAUCCCGACGCUUAGACCGAAGCACCUGUUCUCUGGGAAGCGCUCCAUCGGGAAAACAGAUCGAAGAUAA